CCCCCAAACUAUGAGAUGCUCAAGGACUGGCAUGAGGCAUCUGUGCUGGGGGCGUGCCCGCCCGCGGCCCCAGUGAUGUCCACCGUGACCAACAUCUGCAGCGAGACCUCGGUGCACGACCACGUGGUCUGGUCCCUGUUCAACACGGUCUUCAUGAACUACUGCUGCCUGGGCUUCAUUGCCUUCGCCUACUCCAUGAAGUCUAGGGACAGGAAGAUGGUGGGCGACGUGAUCGGGGCCCAGACCUACGACUACACCGCCAAGUGCCUGCAUAUCUUCGCCCUAGUCAUCGGCAUCAUUCUGACCGUCAUGUUCAUCAUGGUUUUCACCAUGGCUCCACUUCGCACGAGCAGCAUAUUGCCAUUGCACCCCGAGCUGGCUCGUGGGCACUUAAAAACAGAGAACUAG